UUUUACGAAUCGUGUAUACAAACACGACAAAGAGCACGUGGAAAUGCAAUCCAUUUCAGUUGAAAGUCCAGACGAUGGAUCGAGCGAUUAUGGCAGUGACAUCAGUGGAGGUGAUGAGGAAAUUGAGACUGAUUCUGAAACAGGAUUGAUUGAUGAAGAGGAUGAGACGGAAUCCAAGACAGGUCUAGAUGAUGAGGAGGCUGACACUGAAUCCAAGACCAGACUGACUGAUGAUGGAGAUGAUGGAAGUGAGGAGGAAAUUGAGACUGAUUCCAAGAAAGGUUUGGCUGAUGCCAUGGCCAAAAUUUUGUCAAAAUCUGUACCUCAGCAUAAACAGGUGAUUUUAGCAAAAGGAACAACAGAUAGAAAAUUAGAGAAGAAAAGGAAAAAGAAAGAAGAGGAAGAUGAUGAAAAGCAUGAAGAUAAAACAUCAUUAGAAAAGAAAAGGCUAUGGGAGGCAAUGGCAAAGGUAAAACCUGAUCCACUGGAGAGAGAUAAGGAAAGAGCUUUACAAAGAAUAGCUCAAAGGGGAGUUGUCCAAUUAUUUAAUGCAGUUAGGAAACAACAGAAAAUAUUGAAAGAACAAUUAGAUGAUGCAGGACCAACUGAAGCAAAAAAAUCAAGGGCUUUAGGCAAAAUGACAAAAGGAAAAUUCUUGGAUUUACUAAAAGGACAAACGGUAGCAAAUGUAUCUAACCAAAGAAUGAAUAUGAAAACAGAAAUUAAACAGGAAAAUGAAUCUGAUGAAGAAGGCAGCAAUAAGAAGAAAUGGGACAUUUUAAGAGAUGAUUACAUGAUGGGGGCUAAAAUGAAAGACUGGGAUAAAGAAAGUGAUAGUGAAAACCCUCAAUCAGACAAUGAAAUGGACAGUGGUAGUGAUAGUGGAUGACAAAUAUUAUGUUAUAGAAUUUAUAAUAAAUUAAAUUUGUUUUACAAAACUU